CGGAACUGAAAGAGGCAUAAUUAAAGUCUUAAGGUCGUUCUCAACAUGACUGUUGGAGAUAAACUAUCAUGUGUGCAGCAGAUGUUAUCAAAUCGGAAGGUAAUAUCAGAUAUCAAGCACUCAAUCGCUGUCAAGUGUGAAAGCGUCAUAAAAUCCCCGGAGGAAAAUGUAACUUGUACUUUCUUAUUUGUCUCUGAAGAUUCACUCGCUGAGGGAUAUAAUAAAAACUUUUGAAUCCGAACAUUUUCGAAAAUUCAAGCAAAUUAGGUCCUUGAUUAUUGCCUCCUUGUGUGUUGUCUUCAAAGAUGUGUUACCUGCUUACCGUAUACGACCUGCAACUGAGAAAGAAAAGACUCAACCAACUAAGAAAGAAACCCGGAAAAUACGGUAUUAUGAAGAAAACCUACUUUUGAACUACCGAAAAUAUACCGAGUUGCUCAGAGUUAUCCUGGGAGACAAACAUAUGGACAUGAAGUCUCCUCGUCUGAAAGCUUACUCUAAAUUAGAUUGGAAUGAAAAUGAAAGGCUUACUGCCAUACGAUGUGUUUGUCAGCUUCUAGAAAGCCAUCCGGACUUCAACUACAGCAAAGAGUUAAUAGAAGUCUUACCCCCUUACCUCAACAAUACAACGACACAGGCUUCGUCAGUGAUAAUCACAACUCUAGAUAAUAUUUUUGAGAAUGAUACUGACCGAGACGUCACUUUAAUGAUCUGCCGUGCUAUUCAUCGCUUUUGUCGAUCCAGGUCUUAUAAAGUUGGAGUUUCAGUCAUCAGAGCUUUGUCCUGUAUCUCCAUUACAGAAGUUGAACGCCAUAAUGAAAAAGAAAAACCUAAGGUAGAUAGGCGUAUGCGUUCACGACGUGAAAGAAAGGAGUCCAAAAUGGAGCGCAAACUUGAGAAGGAAAUGGCUGAAACCCAAUCCCUCCAAACUCGAGAAAAGCGUUUGAAAAUGAACACCUUGGUUAUGAAUGAAAUACUGUUUGUUUUCUUCAAAAUUUUGAAAACAACUUCUGACUCUGAGCUUUUGUCUGCGAUUUUUAGAGGAUUAUCUAAAUACGCCAAGUUAAUCAACACACAGUAUGUAGACAACCUGCUGUCUGUUCUGAAUACAAUGGUAGCAAAAAAAUCAACCAGUAUUGUGGAUAGCCUACACUGUGUACAUACAGCAUUGUGUAUUAUAUCAUCAUCUGAUGCAUCUGAUGUUCUCACUACGGAUCCUACUUCAUUUUGCAAUCAUCUGUACACUAUCUUGGGACGCAUUGCGGGUGUCGGUAUAGAUAAUAUAACACAAACUGAAAGUUCAAUCUCAAACUUAUCUUCUGUACUGAAAGCCUAUGAUCGUUCAAAUACUCCAGCUGCUCAAGCUGUUGCCAAUCUUGUAAAAAGAUCUAAAAUCACGGAAAGUUCAGAGAAAACAUGUUCAAAUGAAAUCACUUCUGCUGGUGCCGGUAUAAGCAAAAGGAUUAAUGCAUGUGAAGUUGAAAAUUUAUCAGAUACUCUUAUAUCUUGCUUAAAUAUGCUUCUUGUGAGAAGAAAACAUGAGGUUUCAACUAACCGAAUUCUCGCUUUCGCAAAACGUUUAGCUAGCGCAGCUUUGACGAUUUCAGAUCCAUAUUGUUCCAGUUCUUUGCUUAUCAAGCUUUUUCAUCUUCUCCGUCUUUUUCCGCGUUGUGAAAUUCUAUUUGAAUGUGAUCCAGAAAUAUGCAAUAACUAUAGAUCAGAUAUAAAUGAUCCAGAAUUAUGCUUUCCUGCAAGUGCAUGUCUGUGGGACCUACUUUUAUUAAAAAAACAUCAUAGUCCCAUGGUAAAUCAAUUAGCUAAUUUAAUUAUGCAAUGGGGAAAUGAUGUUUGUGUUGGCGGGAUAGGAGCCACUUCGACAAAACUGUAUAUGCUACAUAUCGAUGGGAGACAAGUUUCUUUAGACCAUCUAACGCAUAUGUCAUCUGACGAUCUUCGUAUUGAAUUGAAGACACUUAUUGAGAAAGAUAUAACGGUUCCUGAAAUACCGUCCACACAAAAAAUAAACAUGUCAGAUUUUCAGUUGUCGGAUUCUUUCAUAAAAUAUUUAUCAGAAAAUGAUCUAGUUUCAGAUGUUGAACCACCAGCAAAGAAAUUAAAAUCGUAAUAAUAUUUUAUCUAAAAUAAACUAGCAUUUCCGCAAAGUUCAGUGUACUAAAUGACAUCUGAAUAAUCUACUUUCACGUCUACACUAAGAGAUUAUUGUACAGUCAAAAUUAUUUCACAACAAACACGAAAUAUCAAAUUGGUAUUUAAAUUUUUUUAUUGUGUAUGGUAUAAGCACUACAUUCGAUUUACAAAAAUAUAGACAAUAACCAACAAUAAACUAUCAGUUGUUGAUAAUCAAUUACUUCCUUUUUUAC